CGUCAUUCUGGCGCGGCAGCUGACCAGGAAGGUUCAAGGCAACCAAACGCCAACCUUCUGCACUGGUGGUUGUAGAAAACUUAUGCUGCGCAUGCUUCUUCGCAAGACAAGAAACAGAAGCGGCUGGCAGAUGGCCGCAUCGCCUGACUGAUCUCACGUUACCUUGAAAGGUGUGAUAGUGCCGCUUCUGCACCUUGCCUACCCUUAUCAGCUUCUUCUGCUUUGUCUUGUCAACAGAUCCCCCACCACGUCCACCUCGUCCACCUCGUCCGCACAACUCUGAGUGAAGCGCCUCUAAUUAGCGUUUUCCCUCACAAUCUGUGACUCCAUCUUGCUAACCCAUGAUACCCGGCACUCUCGGCGACUUCAUUCUUUGAAACCGAGGCGAAAAGAUGCCUCCGAAGCUGUUUUCAAAGAUGCCCACCACACAGGGGCGGUCAUUCUACGAAGAGCUUCGAGGGCACGACUCUGAAGGAUAUGACGGGGGAUCGCGAGCUGGACUUCUUGACGAAGAAAAUCUCAAUCACAACUUCCAGGACUAUGAUCUGGAUCAUGUGGAGGGCCUCACCGUUGAUGAUAGUCGUGCGACGCUAGCAGGUUUACGAAAGACACCGGCGUCGAAAGUCCCACCGGGGCACCAAAAUGACCGGUCGAUGUGGCUCGCGCACGACGACGAUGCCGACAACGAUGUUCCGCCCUCGCUCCUGGUCGAACCUCGAGGCGCUCACCCAGCAGGAAAGCCCAAAAGAAAGCAGAGUCGACAAGCUGCCUAUACCAUGCCCGGCUCAUCCAGCGCGCGAGCAAAAUGGAAAACAACUCAAGCCCACCAACCCCUCCACAACGAUGAGCCAUUCACACAGAGUCACCGGGGUAACGGCGCCCCGGGCUCUCUGUUCUCUGGGAGCGCAUCACUCGAUGCGAAGAAGAUGGCGGAAUGGAGAUGGGCAAAUGUCCAGAACCUCGACAAGUUUAUCAAAGAGGUCUACGAUUAUUACAGGGGAUGUGGUAUCAAGGCGAUAAUAACCGAACGGGUGCUGCAUCUUGGGAACGUGGCUUUCAUAGCUGUCCUCUUGACCUUCCUCACGCAAUGUGUUGACUACAGUCUUGUCCGCGGAAGCCAGAAGCUCUCGCAGAUCAUCGUUCCACAGUGCACUAGAAAGAUGUCGGGGUGGUGGAAUCUUGGCCUCUGGCUCUUUGCAUUCUACUUCAUAUGGAAGGCAAUCCAGUAUAUCUUGGACCUUCACCGGCUAUUUCAUGUCCGUGACUUUUACACACAUUUGCUUAACAUCCCGGACCACGACAUGCAGACUAUCACCUGGCAAGAAGUGGUGGCACGCGUAAUGGCUCUACGAAACCAGAACUCACAGACGGCAACCACCUUGACCCCGUUGCAAAGACAUUUCAUUGGCAGCCAGUCCAAAGAAAGGCUAGAUGCGUCCGACAUUGCGAAUCGCAUCAUGAGACGUGAAAACUAUCUCAUUGCCCUGUUCAACAAGGACAUUUUGGACCUCACUAUUCCGCUGCCGUUCCUGCGAAAUCGGCAGUACUUCUCUCGUACUCUGGAGUGGACUUUGAUGUUCAGUGUUCUCGACAUGGUGUUUGACGAGAAGGGCCAGGUCAACCAGAAAUUCCUGCGAGCCGACCGCAGAGGGGAGAUAAGCGAGAAACUGCGCUCACGGUUCCAGUUUGCUGGCAUCAUGAUUCUAAUGUUAUCGCCUUUCGUGUCGCUCUAUCUUGUCAUCUAUUACUUUUUGAUGUACUAUCAUGAAAUCCAAAAGAACCCGUCUGUAUUGUCAUCUCGGUCGUAUACACCCCUUGCCGAGUGGAAAUUUCGCGAGUUCAACGAGCUACCACACCUUUUCCAAAAGCGUCUGGACAUGUCGAAAGCUUUUGCAACGCAUUAUAUGGAUCAGUUCCCAAAGGUUAAGACCGAGAUGGUAGCCAAAUCCGUCGCAUUUGUCUCGGGAGCGUUGGCAACCGUGUUGGCCAUUGCAUCUGUUUUCGAUCCUGAACUUUUCCUCGGCUUCGAGAUCACACCGGAUCGCACCGUGCUCUUCUACACGGCCAUUUUUGGUAGUAUCUGGGCGGUUGCCCACGGCAUGCAGUCUCAGGACGAUGCAGUCUUCGACCCGGAAUAUGCCAUGCGCAACGUGAUCGAGUACACACACUACGAACCCGACCACUGGAAGGAUAGACUGCACAGUUAUGACAUUAAGCUUGAGUUUGCUGAGCUAUACAAACCCAAGAUCGUUAUCUUUCUGGAGGAGAUUUUGGGCAUCCUGACAACGCCGUUUGUCCUUUUUUUCAGCCUUCCCAAGUGCAGCGACCAGAUUAUCGACUUUUUCCGGGAGUUCACGCUUCACAUUGACGGACUAGGCUAUGUGUGCACCUUUGCCGAAUUCGAUUUCAAGAAGGCCAUGGCGAACGCAAAGAAGCCGAGUGAUGGUGGUGACGUACGCGACGAGUACUACUCGGCCAAACAUGGGAAGAUGGAAGCAUCGUACUACGGGUUCAUCGGGAAUUAUGGCAACUUUGCUCUCAACCCAAAGGGCGCCCCAGGAUCACAUCUCCCACCGGGAAUGCGGAAUCAAUUUCACCCUCCGCCAGCCUGGCCUGGUCUGAACUCGCCGCCUCUUGGUGCUGACAUGCAGACUUCCCGGAUGGGUCGUAGUGAGUUUCGAUCAAUGAGCAGGGCUCCCGGCCAAGGUCUGCGCCCUGGGCCAAGUAUGGUGGCUCCUUCUCCCAUGGCGUCGAUUCUCCUGGAUCCGCAUCACUUGCCGCCAUCGCACCUUGUGAACCCGGGCCGGGCCUCGCAUCCACACCGAGUUCAGCAAAACAGACGCCCCGAUGAAAGCAACAUCAUCGAGGAGUCUCUGGAAGAUGAAGAACGAGGUAGGGAGGGUGUCAAUCGUCACGACGAUGAAGAGGUGUACGGCCAUGAAGAUGGCAUGGAUGAAUCGGCCUGGCAGACAUCACCGGCCAGAACCUUGAGCAGGGACAACAGCGCAAUCGAGGGUAGUGGGACUGCGGAGGCGGGAGUUGUGGACAUGAUUUAUCAAUUCAACCAGGCCCAGUUCACUCGGAACGGCGUUUGAUGAAUGCGGUUUUUCUUCUACGACAAUGAUACGAAGAGAGCCCUAAGAGGCUCUGAGGAGGCGUUCGGGUAUCAUGAGUUAUGGCAAUAAAUUCUUGAGUGUUAGCUUAUAUUGCAUUGCAUGGGAGUGGAUUGGGAGGCACGAGCGGCGUUGGGGACUUUUUUUAAGCAUUAUUAUCACAUCGAUUUCAUUUUGGAUAACAUAGACUUGUACCAGAGGAACAGUAUAGACAGAACGGUCUGGCUGCUAGCGAGUUCAGUAAACGACAAAGCACACAUUUUAUGACAUAAAUACCUGCAUUAAAAGUCCUAACCAUGGCGAAACAUAGUUGACGGAGAAUCUGAGACUACCAGGAGAAUCACGAGGGGA